AUGGAAACGAGUAGCGACGGUGAGCUCAAAAUCGACUAUGUGUUGGUAUAUCGAGAGCCAGUGGAUAAAUGGAGGGACAUCUUCGAGCCGCAUGUCCGUCUUGUUGGCCAUGUGUCCACCCUUGUUAGUUUGCCGCAUCCAAUACCGGAUACGCGUGCCGAGAUCCUUCGUCAACGCCGCCAAUAUCGCCAAAUCUACCAACGACGGCUCAUCGAGGCUGGCCUCAAAAUUCGCAUUGUCUCCGCCCAUCAAGCUAAGCGCCGCUAUUUUGUCCUUGUUCAUGCGCCGAGCCACAUUUUGGAGAAACACUCGGACAUCAUUGGACUCAAAAAGAAAAUGAACAAAUGGACUCUGCCCGAUUACAAGACGACGGUGGUGCAAUUUUUUCGCUUCUUUAUGUUUUGGCGACAGGAGGAACCGGAACCACAUAGCAACGAACAGCAACAACAACCAGGCGGGUGGAGUUUGUCGGAUCGAGCGUUGGUUGUACGGGAUCUUCUCGCGAGAACGAAUUACGGGCCGCAUCACGAAAAUGAAAUGGUUGGCCUCCAGAGCAUGCUCAAUCAAAACAUCUACACAACCGCCUAUCCACUACAUGAGCCGAGUGAAUUGGCAAGAAAGCUGAGUAAACGCAAAGAAUCUGUUGGAAACGAAGAAGGAAACGACGAUGAGGAGACGACAGAAAGAGAGUGGUUGAGCUUCCAUUGGGCGUCGUUCUUUGCCCUCUUCAUGCAGCAACCAUUGGAUGUGGUUAGAUCAUAUUUCGGCCCACAAAUCGCUCUCUACUUUGUCUUCUUUGGAUCAUACAUCUCAUGGCUCGUGCUCGCCUCAUUGCCCAGUGUCAUUUUUCGGCUUUUCUCUACAUGGCAAGAUGGAGCAUCGCAUAAGUUGAAUAUAUUGAGUGAACGAGUGAUUCCACGCGGUGUGUGUCAAGAGUACAGAAAUGCUACAAAAGAGAUCUUGAUCUGCCCGCAAUGCUCUCUCAAUUGUGAUUUCGAAUCUUUGACACAUAUUUGCGAUCAUCCGUUGGCUCUUGUCUACACAUCGCAUUCACUUGCUCCACUCAUCCACUCGAUGAUCAUCUGCAUUUGGGCGGCAAUCUUCGUUCAAUAUCUGCGACGGCAAGAGGCCCGCUUUGUGCAUCGAUGGUUCUUGAUGGACAACGUCUAUGAUGAGGAAAUGCUACGACCAGAGUUUGUGCGAGCAAACGUGAAACGUCACACGUUUAACGCAAUCACUGGGAGAAAAGAGCCGGCUCAUUCGAAACUUCACCGUCUCAGCGUUCUUUCCCUUCAAACGCUCACCAUCGUGCUCAUGGUGGUUAUGAUUCUGGGGGUGAAUUUCGGGUGUCUUCUCCUCAAAUAUCACAUUCGGUCCGCUAUGUUGCACAUUUUGAAUCAUCCACUUGAUAGAUUUACUAUCAUUGGAGCUGCGAUCGUGGCCGCCCUUGUACACUCGGGUACAAUUUUAUUGCUGAAUUGGAUCAGUCAGAAAACGUGUUUAUGGAUUGUGGAAUGGGAGAACCCGAAGACGCAACGAGCUUUUGAUGAUCAAUACUCGAAGAUGAUCUUUAUCUUUGAAUUUCUCGACUACUUCGCUCCACUUUUCUACAUUGUGUUUGUGAGAACAAUGGUAUCUAUUUGGGCGGUUCGUUUUGGCAGCGAAUCGAAUUUGUUGAGUUUUAAUGGGCCAUGGGUGAAAUGGUUUGUCGAUACUUGCAGCUACACAUGUAUGGAGGAGCUUGAUCAGGCGAUGAUUGUGUUCUUUUGCUUUACGCAAAUAUUCCGAGAGAUCUUCAAGGCGUUUUGGAUUUGGGUGUAUGGUGUCUUUCGACGUGUGUGCCUUCGCUCGCAAAAGGGUUGCUAUUUACCACCGUGGGAACGGGAUUUCUUCUUGCCGCAAUUCUCCAAGCAACAGCUCUGCUACGAUCAUUUGAGAUUGAUAAUUCAAUUCUCGUUUGUUGUGCUCUUUUCGGCUUCAUUCCCAUUUGCACCAUUCCUUGCCUUAAUAGUUAACAUCAUAUGUUUACGAGCUGAUGCAAUCAAGUGGACGAAGAUGGCUCGUCGUGCAACCCCGAAAAUGGCCCCAUCCAUUGGUAUUUGGAUGAAAUUGUUGAAUAUGAUUGCUACUUUUGCUGUACCUUUCAAUGGCUUUGUGUUGGCGUUCACAACGGAUAUCGUGCCUCGACUCGUCUAUGUUUUCAAGAAUUUUCAUAAUGCAACUCAAUAUGGACUUGGUGCUGAGUAUUUCGACUUUGUCUACGCUCGAUUCGACACGAGAAACAUGACGAUCAGUCGAUCAAUGCACAAGAAUGUCACUGAAUGCAGAUUUUAUGGGAUGUACAAGACUCCUUGCUCACUGGCACCGGAAGAUGACACUUGCUCGAACACCGUUGAACGAUCACCCGAGUUUCUUCAAAUUUUCUUCUACCGAGUCUUUUUCAUGUCCUGCUUUAUUAAUACGGUCUUCGGGGUGACGUGGUUUCUGAAAUUGAUGUUCCCCGCCGAGCCGGAAAGUGUGAAAUUGGCAAAGAAACAGGAACAAUUCAAAGCUCAACAAGCGCUCGCCCAAGUGCAAACGAUGUCGACGAUGAAUUUGGCUUUGUCGAUGAGUCGAGAGAAUCUACCGUGUGAUCAGCGGUGUCUACAAAGGAGAGCCUCACUAAUUCGCGAUGAGCCCAAGGAAGAACAACGAGACGACGAAAGUACGAACACUGAAGAGGAAGAAGACGAGGACGCAGAA